AAUUGACAAAAAUAGUAAUAUACUCGUUGUCCUUUCAACAUUCUAUAUAUCUAUUCCAUUCUUCAAAUUCUAAGCUUCUGACCAAACUUUCUAUAUAAUAAGCAAACCAAGAUUUAGGUGGCAAUAUGUUAUACAUCUCUUCUUCAUAUCCUAGGCAUUAUGUCUAACACCAAAUCUCAUGCUGGCAUUCCCAUUUUGGACCUUUCUCAGCCAUUGCAGCCAUGUUCUCUAUCCUCUCUCUAUAAUGCAAGCAAAGAUUGGGGUCUUUUCCACAUAAUCAACCAUGGAAUCUCCAAAGAUCUUUGCAGCCAGAUCCAGACACUAUCCAAACACCUCUUCAACCUCCCUUCUAAUACUAAACUUAGACUUGGUCCUUUGUCAUCUUUAAAUUCUUACACCCCUCUUUUCAUUGCCUCUCCAUUCUUUGAGAGCCUCCGAGUCAAUGGACCCAACUUUUAUGUUUCUGCUGAUAAUUCUGCUGAGAUCCUCUUUGACAAAAAGGACUCCAAAUUCAGUGUGAUAAUACAAGAAUAUUGCAGUAAGAUGGAAGAUUUGUCUAAGAAAAUUCUAAAGCUUGUAUUGAUGAGCAUAGGGGAUGGCAUUGAGAAGAAGUUCUAUGAUUCUGAGUUCAAGAAGUGCCACGGUUACUUGAGGGUAAACAAUUACUCAGCUCCAGAAGUUAUAGAAGAUCAAGUUGAGGGGCUUGGGAUGCACACUGAUAUGAGUUGUAUUACUAUCUUAUAUCAAGAUGAGAUAGGAGGGCUUCAAGUGAGAUCAAAUGAGGGAGAGUGGAUAGAUAUAAACCCAUCUGAGGGAACCCUAGUGGUGAACAUAGGUGAUAUGUUGCAAGCUUGGAGCAAUGACAAACUAAGAUCCUCAGAACAUAGAGUUGUUUUGAAACAUCAUGAGAACCGGUUUUCUCUAUCAUUCUUUUGGUGCUUUGAGGAUGACAAGGUGAUUUUGGCACCAGAUGAAGUUGUUGGAGAAGGGAAUAAAAGGAAGUACAAACCAUUUGUGUGCUUGGACUAUUUGAAAUUUAGAGAGAGCAAUGAAAGAGGUAGAUUUGAUAAGGUGGGUUUCACAGUUAGAGACUUUGCUUCGAUCAAGGCUCAGUUGUAAAUGUUGCAAAAGUUACAAUAUCUGUUCUUCACAAAAAAAAAGUGUCAUGUAGUUUAAAGGUUUGGCAUUGAAAUGUCUCCAUAUUUAAUAGAAACUAAAUUAUUAAUAGUAUAAUUAAACACCCUCGA